AGGCAGGCCGGUGUUUUUCCACUCGUGGUGAUGUCUAGCGCUCACCCAUUCUAAGAGACAAAGGUCAGAAAGAAAAGAUUAUAAAUUAAAUUUACUGCUGUAAUUCCCUUAUUCAACACCGAGCCACCGCACAAUAGGGACAACUUGCUUGCUACGGAAUAAAAGGAAACCAAAUAAGCAUGGCACAAAAAGAGAAGCUCCAAUGUCUGAAGGACUUCCACAAGGACACUUUGAAGCCCUCGCCUGGGAAGAGCCCAGGCACUCGGCCGGAGGACGAGGCAGAGGGGAAGCACCCUCAGAGGGAGAAGUGGGCUAGCAAGCUUGACUUUCUUCUGUCAGUCGCCGGGGGCUUUGUCGGUUUAGGCAACGUCUGGCGCUUCCCCUACCUCUGCUACAAGAAUGGCGGAGGUGCAUUUCUCAUCCCGUAUACCAUCUUCCUGUUUGGAGGAGGCCUGCCUGUCUUCUUUCUGGAGGUAGCUCUGGGCCAGUACACCUCUGAGGGUGGCAUCACCUGCUGGGAAAAACUCUGCCCAAUCUUCACUGGUAUUGGUUAUGCCUCAAUUGUGAUCGUCUCCCUGCUCAACAUCUACUACAUUGUGAUUCUGGCCUGGGGGCUCUACUACUUGUUCCAGUGUUUCCAGCCUGAGCUGCCCUGGGCUAAGUGCAACCAACCAUGGAACACCGAGAACUGCGUGGAGGACACCAUGCGCAGGAACAAGACACUGUGGGCGAGUGCCAACGCCACCAACUUCACUUCCCCCGUCAUAGAGUUCUGGGAGCGUAAUGUCCUGAACAUCUCUUCAGGUAUUGAUGACAUCGGACCCGUUAAGUGGGACCUGGCCUUGUGUCUUCUGGCCGUCUGGAUCAUCUGCUUCUUUUGCAUCUGGAAGGGCGUGAAGUCUACUGGAAAGGUGGUCUACAUCACCGCCACCUUCCCAUUUUUCAUGCUUAUUGUGCUCCUGGUCCGUGGCGUCACUCUACCUGGAGCGUCCAAAGGCAUCACGUUCUAUCUGUACCCCAACUUGACACGUCUGGAGGACCCAGAGGUUUGGAUUGACGCGGGCACACAGAUUUUCUUCUCGUACGCUAUUUGCCUGGGGGCAAUGACAUCACUGGGAAGCUACAACAAGUAUAAAUACAACUGCUACAGGGACUGUUUGCUGCUGGGAGGCCUGAACAGCGGAACCAGCUUUGUGUCUGGCUUCGCAAUAUUUUCCGUCCUGGGCUUCAUGGCACAAGAGCAAGGGGUGGACAUUGCCGAUGUGGCAGAGUCAGGUCCUGGCUUGGCUUUCAUCGCCUAUCCAAAGGCUGUGUCCAUGAUGCCCCUGCCCACCUUCUGGGCUGUUCUAUUCUUUAUCAUGCUUCUGCUUUUGGGGCUCGACAGUCAGUUUGUCGAAGUGGAAGGACAGAUCACUUCUCUUGUUGAUCUCUAUCCAUCCUUCCUAAGGAAGGGUUACCGACGGGAAAUCUUCAUAGCUAUAGUGUGUUUCCUGAGCUAUCUUCUGGGACUAACCAUGGUUACCAAAGGUGGCAUGUAUGUGUUCCAACUGUUUGACUACUAUGCAGCCAGUGGUGUGUGCCUUUUGUGGGUUGCAUUCUUUGAAUGUAUUGCUGUAGCCUGGGUUUAUGGCGCUGAUAAUUUCUAUGAUGCGAUUGAGGAUAUGAUUGGCUAUCGACCAAAUCCCUGGAUGAAGUGGAGCUGGACUGUGAUCACCCCCCUUCUCUGUGUGGGCUGUUUUGUAUUCUCCUUGGUCAAGUACAAGCCUUUGAAAUACAACAAAGUCUACGAGUACCCAGACUGGUCCAUCGGGAUUGGCUGGACGUUGGCUCUCACUUCCAUGAUCUGCAUCCCCAUGGUGGUCGUGAUCAAGAUCAUUCAGUCAGAAGGGCCCCUGAUCGAGCGGAUAAAGGCGGUGGCUGCCCCAUCCAGAGCCGCGAGUUCUUGUCCAGCUAAGUACCGCACCAAGGUACCUGAGCUAGCCAACCCUCUGGACCCCAAUGGGAACAACGGUUUAAUGAUGCCCACCCAUACCAUUGUAGAAACCAUGAUGUGAGCUCUCUGUGAGAGGAUUCAAAAAAAAAAAAAAAUGACCCACUUUCCAUGUUAUAUAUAUAUAUAUAUAAAUAUGAAUAUAUAUAACAGUAUAUAUAUUUGCUAACUCUGAAAUAGUCGUAGGACCAGGUUUACAUUGCUACGUAUCUGCACUAGGAGUUUCUUUUUUUUAUGGAGGAAGUUAUAUGUAGUUUUUUUCUGUCCAUGUUUUUAAUAUUUUUAUCAUAAUGUUAUUAUUAUAUUUGUAUGAUAAUAAUAAUCAUUGCUAUUAGUUUUGUGACUGUCGUCAGCUUAAGGCAUGGCCUCAGUCACAAACAGUACUUUGGACAUAGAGUGGUAAAUGUUUCUGGGGUUUUUUUCUGAACAUAAUGGGUUAUAUGUAGUCUGGUUUUCUUUAAGGGUGGACAGAUUAAUAAGUAAACAUACUAAAGGACUAUAUAAAUAUAUUUUGGGUAUUAGGUUUCAACUAAGUAUAUGUUGUUUAAGAGUAACGCUGGUGUAGCUGUUAAACAGACUAUUAUCUCCCUCCAGACAGUUACAUAGUAUAUCUUUUAUGUUGUGGAGUUGUCCUUGUAUGGUAAGGUUAGAUUUACAUCUCGCUAUCCAUGAUGUUUGUCACAUCCGAAGGCUCAUCCAGCUUGCGGACAGGCAACACUAUCAGAGUCUGCCACACUGCCCCAUCGUCCUAUACGCGUGUGUGUGUAUACUAAUCUCACAAUGACGAAGGACGGUAGCCAAGCAAGGACACUACUGCGAAACAACCUACGCUGUGCAUGCGUGCUUGCCACCCACACACCAAAGUCCUAGACUCUUCUCUUCUCUCCUCAUAGUGUUUACACCUCGCGCACGGUGCACGCAAGAUCAGGCAGGUUACAUCACACUAACUCUUAAUAGCAGCAUAUCUCUCAGCUCUGCUCUGUUCUCCUGUACUGUGGGGGGACAGAUCCAUCAUUCAGACAGAGCAGCUUCACUGCCCAACAUCUGAACAUGUCAAUGAGAGCCUUAAUCAAAUGCAUCAUUAAAAUACACACACACACACAGACGCGCUCACACGCGCAAACACACAAACACCCAGACCCAGACCCAUUUUUACAUGUCUAUUCACACUCCCUAAGACCACCAUAUCUCAGCUUGUGUCUGCUUCAGGCCAUUCUUAUGAACAUAGCACAUCAUAUCAGCACGUUCUCUUUUUUUUGUUUUUAAAUACAAAAUGAUCAUUAAUACGUAAACAGUUGUAAAAACAGCACGUGUAGACAUGAAACACGUUCUUACCUGGGAAUGUUGUCAUUGUGUCUGUCAAAGUAGCAGUCUUUAUUAUUAUAUUGGGAGGUAGUCUUUUUUAUUUUAAGGUAUUAAAAUUCAGAUGUAUUUUAUGUUUAUUCUAUUUUGUUUAAAAUCACAUUUGCCUUUUGUAUUGAAGAUGUAAAAUGUGUUUGACCACUCUGUUAACAAUUACCAAUAUUUCUCAGAGGGAGGGGUUUCACAUACAAUAAUUAAUCAACAAAAAGCUUGCUGCAAUUUCUAAUGUGCAAUAUUUUGUAGGGAAAUAAGCAUAUUUUUUUGUUUUUCUCAAAAGUUGGUACUUUAUCAGAAUAUACUGAGCAGAACUUGGAAGAAAUUAAUAGGGGCCAAUUUAAGCUACCAUAAAAUGCUUUGCCACAGUAACAACGAAAACUGUAUCUGACCAAGACAGCUUUUCUCUGUGCAGUGUUACCUGUUGUCAGUCUAUCUGCAAAUGUGCUCAUUUUUCUUAAACCUGAUAUGAAAACCUUUGAAACCAACAAAAAUCAUGUUCUCAACUGAUUGAUUUUUUUUUGGGUAGACUGAAUUGGCUUCACAAGUAAAAGGACAAUAGCCGUCAAAAGCCGCUUACUUCAGAGUCAAUCGGACCCUAAGUUCAGACUGGAGUCUCUUGCCCACUGGUAAUGACAUCAGCCCAAAAGGCAGCGUGUCUCUCGGCUGCCGGCCACUUUAAAGGAAAACAGCUUGUGUGGAGGCACCCAUGUGGUGCUUUUGCCUUCCGUGGAGUUUGUUUGUUUGAGAUGAAGACUUGAAAUGAUCCUGUUAGAGGCUGACUGUGUGGAGGAGAGCCCACAAGGUCCGCUGGGGCACUCACCCCCUGUCCAGCUCCCCCAAACCCCUCAACCCCUCGACCCUUCCCCCCACACCCCCCGAGGCCUCUCCCCUUCAGGGAUCUUACCUACCUGUCUUUUUUUUUAUUAGGAAAAAAGUAUGGUGUAUGGUAAAUGUUUUUGAAGUCUAUGAUGCGAGAUUUUAAUCAAAAAUUUGGGGAAAAAAUAAAUAAAAUGUUUCGUUUUUAUUUUUUAAAUGAAUCUGUGAGAAAAAAAUGAAAUGUAUUAGACCAGGUUUUACAGUACCUAAAACCUUUUUUUAUUUCAUAAUAAACAUUAUUCUUUGAAAAAGCCUUUUGCUUUAUGUCAGUAAUACGAACAUUGCUAGCUAUUCCAAGUCAAAGGAAUGCAGCAAUACAGGACCAUACCACACUAAAGAGGUGGUUUUGCUCACUGUUGUUGUGCUACCUGUGGAAAUUUACCAGCCUGAUCCUAGUCCUAAAGCUCCAUGGCAUCCCCACCACUCUUGUCUGUCCGAGCCAUCUCCAGGCGGCUCCAUUGUAAUACCUGUGAUGAAUCAAUCAACCCAGGCUGACCCCUACUGCUGUCCCCACAGCAAUGUCAGGCUAUUUAAACUCACCCAUUACGUGCUUCACAUGCCAAGCCAGGACACCAGAUGAUGCUUGGGGGAAGGUACAAAAAAAAAAAGUCAGGAUUGAGCAAAAUGCGGUGUUAUGUAUAGUGAGACUUGACAUAAAUUAGAUGUGGUGCGCUUCACUUGUGUUUGGGCUGGCGACAGAAAAAAAAUAAAAAAAAAUCCAGAUAGCAGCUGCCAUAAAUCUACACAAAGAGAAGGGCAGGCAUUACGUCAAGGACUGGUGGCUUGGCAGACCUUGGGUGACAGAACCAAGAGGAGGUUGUCCUUGGGCACUGAGGCACUCGGUUGGAUGUUUGUGGUGAAAUUAAACUGGGGCUUCUAGAGCCUGUGAAAUGUCGGUAAUCAAUCUACCCAAUCACCCCAACUGUCCACAGUCAUAGGGCAAUCACAGACUCUUAGUCAAACAUACAGGAUCUGACCCUUUGGCUAGACUGUGUACCAAACCUUUAAAUCAAGUACUUUUCUUUUUUAAAAAAGAAACACUUCUGUCAUAAUUGAAGCAAUCACAAUUACAAAGGUGUCUUGAGAAAUAGACCAAUACCUUAACUUAUUAACCAAUAAACAGGCUAGUCAAUUAGAUGACUGGCACAAUUCAGUGGAAUAGUUCUUACUGAAAGUACAGUGCCAUUAAACAAAUAAUGUGUAAUAAGCAACGGCAUGAAUGAAAUGGCAUUGCUAUGGGGACAACAUUUCAGAUGGGGAGAAAGACAGUAAUGCCCUAUACAGAACUUCAAUACAAACAUCACAUCUCCAUGAUACCCUCACCCUUACUCCUUCAGCUUCAACUGUAUACAGACAUACAGACAAAGCUAUGUUCGCCACCUUCUUGUAGUGAUGGGUGUACAGUUUUUGCCAUGUGUGCUGUAUCUGGGCUGGGAUAAUAUGUUUCCACUCUUAGUUUUCCAUAUUACCUUCAGACUUGGUUAGUCGCUUUCCUCUUCUGAAGUUGUUCCUUUCCUCAACGCUUUGUGCAGUAAAUUGUUCGUACAAUUUCUAAUGAAAACAAAGCCGUUUUAGUAAGUGCUCUUGCAAUUAAGACAUUUGUUAUUUGACAACUUUGUUCUGGGAAAAAAAAACAUAAUAAACAUUUGAAAAUAA